ACUUUGUGACAACCUGUGACAGAUCAAUCAAUCACAACCAGAUAUAAAACCUGAAGCAGCUUCGACACACAUAUUAGCGGCGCUGAUGGAAAGCUUGUGUUACACAUACCCUUCUAAACUCCAAUUUAAAUGUUUUUUUUUUCUUCUGAGGAAACGGUUACUGGACAAGUUGCUUCCAUCAGAUAAGAACUCCAGAACAUACCUUUAGCAGCAUUCGUCAUUAUCUGCCUCUGUGGGGAAACUCAGCUCAGCCAUGGAGAACUGUUCCUUUGAGGGCAUCAACGCAUUUGUACACUCGCUCCACUUAGCGGUCUACAUCCCCGUCUUCAUUGUGGGAAUCAUCCUGAACGUACUGGCUCUAAUUGUUUUCUGCAGGGUUUUAAAGAAAUGGAUGGAAUCCACUAUUUACAUGACCAACCUGGCGCUAAUGGACCUGCUACUGCUUUUAAUACUGCCUUUCAGAAUCUAUACAGGGACUAUGCAGAAGACCGUUUGCACGUUUCUGGAAACCCUCUACUUCAUCUCCAUGUACGGCAGCAUUUUCACCAUCGUGUGCAUUUGCGUGGAUCGGUACAUUGCCAUCAAGCACCCUAUCCAUGCAAGAACCUUAAGGUCUCCAAAAAAGGCAUUUGGGGCGUGCGCUAUAAUCUGGGUUUUAGUGUGGUUUGGAAGCAUACCCGUGUAUGAAUUCCACAGCGACAGCUACACCAACAUCAGAUGCUUUCACAAUUUCUCAAAGACCACGUGGAACACCCCCGUGAUCAUUGCGGUGGAGCUGUUCGGGUUCAUCAUCCCCAUGGUGGUCCUGGUGGUUUGUUCCGUGGAGAUUAUCAAGACCCUCCAGAAAAAGAACUCCCACAGGGACAGUGUGAGACGCAGAGCGUGUGUUCGGAUCAUUUACGCCAACCUGCUCGUGUUUCUGGUUUCUUUCGCGCCGAGCCACGUGGGGAUUUUCCUUCAAUAUCUGGUUAGAAGAGACGUCAUUACUGACUGCAGAGCAAAACAAAAUAUAAGUCUGUUUGUCCAGGUGUCAAUGUGUCUGUCCAAUGUCACCUGCUGUCUAGAUUCGUUUUGUUAUUACUUUGUUGCAAAAGAGACUCUCUCAACCGAUUCCUUCCGGAGGACCUGGCGUUUAAGGAGUACUUCCUUAACUACUGAAGUAUGAUACGGUUGACUUUUUUUAUUUGUUUGUUUUUUGGAAAGUAUUGCAAUUGCAACCAUCUGAUCAAGAUAGCUUGGUGUUUGUCUGGUCUGUGACUGUGGUUGGAAAAUGAUCAUGCAACUGUUUCCUAUAUGGAAAUCCUGCAAAAGAAAAAAAAAAACCACUUGCAUUUGCAUGUUAUCUCUGUCACUGACAAGAAUAAAUGCAUGCCUCUCAAUGGUGUGUCCAGUUGUAACUAUAUUUCACCAUGAUCCUGAUUUAUUUUGAUAUUUUUAUUCACACUUCCCAUCUCAGGUCAAAAAUCAUGCUGGGUAAUAAAACAGUACUUUUCUUUUUUUCUGCUGUCAACCAAUUUGAAGCGUCGGUGGUUGCUGGGGUUUGAGAAAUGAGACGUGUCAUUCUCUUCAGUGCU